AGAAGAAGAACCGGAAAUACGUAGUCUGUUGUAUCCGCACACAUCCGCAGCACUCUUGUGUUUAUUAAUGGAUGUUUAAGCGGUUUCAGCACAGAUUGCAAGACGGCCUGGCUCGCAGGUCCAGUGCCUGUCCGCCCACUGCAGGAGGGUGAGUUUGGGUGAGUCUCAGGACGGAGCCGCUGGCAACAUUCGUGCAACAAUGAGCUCGGGACAGCCGAGCGACAACGAGGAGCCCGAGGAGCCGCGCGCUGCGGAGGAGAACGACGACAGUGAUGAAGACAAGGACUCCACGAGACCAUCAUCGCCGCGGGCGGGCCGCAAGAGUACCGGGACGCAGGGCAGCUCGAGGCUCGAGUCGGCCGCGGACGGCGGGACAGGCUCGGGGGGCAGGGUCUCGCGCGCCUGCGACUCUCUGUUCUCGUGGAUAUACAGGAGGACAGUCGGCAGGGGGCCGUUCGUAGACCCCGCGCGGGAUCAUUUCCGUAACAUGACACGGCUUUAUUCAUCCAUGAGCCCAGCUACGGAUUCGGUGAACCUCAGUACACAAACCCACGGGGCUGUCUUCAACUUGGAGUACUCGCCGGACGGGUCAGUUUUGACAGUUGCUUGUGAGCAGACAGAAGUGCUUUUGUUUGACCCCGUUUCCUCCAGACAUAUCAAAACACUGGUGGAGGCUCAUGAGGACUGUGUAAACAACAUAAGGUUUCUCGACAACCGGCUGUUUGCGACCUGCUCCGAUGACACCACCAUUGCAUUGUGGGAUCUGCGUAAACUCAACUCGAAGGUGUGCUCAUUACAUGGCCACGCCAGCUGGGUCAAGAACAUAGAGUAUGAUACACACACUCGCCUGCUGGUGACGUCAGGAUUUGACGGAAAUGUCAUCACAUGGGACACCAACAGGUUCACAGAAGAAGGCUGUCCACACAAGAAGUUUUUCCACACACGCUAUCUAAUGCGGAUGCGUCUGACUCCAGACUGCAGUAAGAUGUUGAUCUCCACCUCCUCUGGUUACCUGCUCAUCUUACAUGACCUUGACCUCACCCAGAGCCUUGAGGUCGGGAGCUACCGCAUCCUACGGGCCCGAAGAGCUCCUCUCAGCACAGAAGGUUCAUCAGCAGGUACCAGGUCGGGGGGAUCCCGUCACACCAUUGACAGCAAAACCCAUCCACACAGAGAGGGUCUGUCACCCAGAAACAGUCUUGAGGUUUUAACCCCAGAGAUCCCCGGUGAGAGGGACCGUGGGAACUGCAUCACCUCCUUGCAACUGCACCCUAAAGGCUGGGCCACAUUGUUGCGCUGCUCCAGCAACAUGGAUGACCAGGAGUGGACGUGUGUGUAUGAGUUUCAAGAGGGAGCUCCACCUCGACCUCCGGUUUCUCCUCGCUGCUCUCUGCGUCUCACGCACUACAUCGAGGAGGCUAACGUCGGCCGCGGCUACAUCAAGGAGCUGUGCUUCAGUCCCGAUGGCCGGCUCAUCUGCUCUCCAUAUGGUUACGGCGUGCGCUUGCUGGCGUUCGAUGAGCACUGCGCCGAGCUGGUGGACUGCAUGCCUGUGCGGACGGCUCUGCUGCGGGAGAUUCGCUCCAUCUACUCUCACAGCGACGUGGUGCUCACCUCAAAGUUCUCACCCACUCAUUGUCAGUUUGCAACGGGCUGCCUUAGUGGACGCGUAGCUCUGUAUCAACCACACUUUUAACACAUACAAAUGCAUUAGAAUUUACACUGAUCACUGAACUAUAUGGAAGAAGCUUCUGAUUGGUCAGGUGGAUAAUGGGAGAACGAAACUACCUUAGUGUGUGUGUGUGUGUGUGUGUAAGGUCACACUGCAUGUGAAUGACCCUCUACAUGUUUGUCAUUUUUAGAUGUAAUUGUUCUUUAUGCUGUGUAAAUUUAACAGUCUGUGUGAGAAUAAAAGCAAACACGAUGGAGGUUGAAUGAGUCACGUGAGCGUUCGAGAAUUAUGGGAUGUUUUUUGGUUGCUCAUCCAUGCAGCACUCCAGUAACUUAAGCCAGUCAUUUUCAUGUAACUGUAAGCAGUUCAAGCCGAUGGCAAUUUUUGCAUUUUGCCAAAUAUUUUAGAAUUUGCAGUGCCAUAUUCGUUUUCAGAAAAAAAAAAAUUCUGGAAGUAUGUCACUUUUUACUAACAGUUAAUUUUUAUUUUUGGACUGCUUAUCUGUAACAACACUAAAUGAGGUCUGAUUUGUAGAUUGUCAAUGCAGUAUGUACCAUGUACGUGUGAGUAUUGGGAUGAAUAUGACUUCUGCCAAUGGUUGAUUGAAUGGACUGGGAAUUUUGUAAUGUUCUGUUUUUCAUAUGCUUCUGGCCUCUACAUGGACAAUCAGCAGUUAUGAAAUGUUCAGAUGCUCACUAUGCACAUCGGUGGGAGCUUUGAACUCUGGACGUGAGGACAAUAGGAGAAGGCAGUUCUGAUGCAGGUUUAACUGUUGGAUGAGUGUUUUAUACAGAUGAGUUUAGCUUUCUUAAGAUGAAAACGAGGACAAAAUCUGAAUGUUCAGCUUUUCUGGGACUAAUAUGAGUUGGUCAUCCUUCUCCGUUAUUCAAAUAGUGACUGUUCUUGAACAUGGAAAUUUAAAAUCAAGAGUAACAGUGAAAGUUACCUUUACUCUAUUCUCUCUUGAUAUUCACUCUAUUCAUGUUAACAGUGCUAAGGAUGCAGUGGUACAGGUAUAUUAAAUAAAGAAACUUUUUCAUAUCUUCUGUUUGGCAUGCUGUAAAAAAGAGCUGUUUUUAAGCAAAAAUGAGAGUUGUGUUAGCAUAUAGACUGAUGGAGUGCACUCAGUAAGCUUUGGCACCUGGCUCCCUUAAACAGAUCAUUUAGGACAGGCACGUCACUCGCUUUAGGUCAAGAGCAGGAUUGGGAAAAUGUCAUUUUUGUAAAACUCGUGUUCCAUCAUAAAUAUGAAAUAGAAAACACAUGGAAUUGAUUAAUUCCUUAUAGCAGAGGGUUUCAGUCAGAUAAUAU